AUGGCCGAGCUAGUGCAGAUGAUCGAUAAGAACGUUCUCGCCGAACGCGCCGACGACGGUGAAGACGAAAUACCCACUAUCCUUACGGGUGGUGCGUCAGAAGCCCGGAUUGCUACUCUCGAAGAACGCCUGUCCUCGUCCCAUACAGGAGACGACCCCGAUGAUCCAUGGAUCGCGCUCCCCAGUGGAAAGCUUCCAGACGACUAUAAAGGCUUCCUGCGCGCGAGAAACGGUAUCGACGAAGACGUCACCACCGAUGGACGUUGGAUGGUGGACAUGGAUUACACCUUGUUCCCCAUCGAAGGCAACGAAUACUUGCUCUACGGUCAAGACGGAGACUUCUAUGAGAUCAAACUAGGCGAGUAUACAUGCUUUAAUAUCGGUACGGGUGACCACGAAGGUAACGUCACGCUUGUACCUCCUACUUCGGUAAGACCUGUCAUCGAUAGUUUCGAGAAGACGUGUGCGGAGGCGAGUUAG